CCAACAGAGAUAGUUGUCCAGUUAUUUAUUGUAGGGGACCUCUCGUCCGGACGGAAACACCAGGAGGCGUCUAAGAGGCAUCUAUUACUGGGCAAGAACUGACUAAAUGUCAGAGUCGGCUCAUUCACGUCUCUUUUGUGACUGUCGGAUUCGUCAUGCGUCUGAUACGACUUCUCCUGCUAGCUCUUCAGACGUUACCUGUGGUUCAGGGCACUUCUAUGCCUCAACAUGCAACCGCCAUGCCGAUAAAUCAGCUCGCCGACCUUGCCCACGCUGCCUAUGAAAAGUCAAUGGAAGAUCUCCAGACACGCAGUGUCAGGGUACGGCUAGGCCGAAGGCAAUACAACUCAUGCACCCGGGACAACAUUAAGGUUAGAAGAGAAUGGGGCUCACUGACAAAGACUGAGAGAUCUGCCUACAUCUCAGCGAUUCAAUGUCUUCAGGCCAAGCCCGCUUUCACACCAGAAUCACUCGCCCCUGGGGCCAAAACCCGAUUUGAUGACUGUCGUGACGCACAUCAACCAGACGCGAGCCGUUCACUUCACGGGAAACUUCCUCACCUGGCAUCGCCUUACUGGGGCUGGUCCAAGAUAGCACAAACCAGCAUGGAAUCUUCGCCCAUCUUUGAUGGCAGUGACACAUCCAUGUCAGGUAACGGAUCCCCCAUUCCCAACCAGGGCGAGAUCUUUUUAACAGGCGUACACGGCUCGCCUGGCCUCUACCUGCCUCCCGGCCCAGGCGGCGGCUGCGUCACCUCAGGUCCCUUCCAAAACAUGAUCGUGAACCUUGGUCCUGUCAAUCUGCCUCUUGCAGGCGGAACCACAAUCGUCAACAAUGACAGCUUGGCGUACAACCCUCGUUGUCUGAAGCGUGACUUGACGACGUCCAUUGUCCAAGAAUUCGCCAAUGCAUCGUCGAUCCUCUAUCUCAUCAUGCAGCAUAACGAGAUCAACGACUUUCAAAUGCAUUUACAGGGCACUCCUGACAAAGGCGACCUAGGCGUUCAUGGAGGAGGCCACUACGCCAUUUGUGGUGAUCCGGGGCGGGAUGCGUCGGUGAGUCCUGGUGACCCGGCGUUUUACUUGCAUCAUGCGAUGGUCGAUCAGAUUAGAGAGUUGGUUAGCACGUUGCCGGGGCCGUUUUGCUAUGUUUAUCUGUGA